AGAAAGUCCAGCAUUCAAAAUUCGCAAAGCUAAUUCAGGCCUGGCAAGAACCCAUGAUAAACACAGAGGCAAAAGAUGGUGUUUUGAAACAAGAAACUAGCACCUUCUUUGAGGACAAUAAUUCUAAUAAUGAAAAUGAAGUUGUGUUUACAACCUUUCCCCAACCAUCAACCGAAGUUUCAGGCUUUUCACAUCCUGCCUUCCCAGCACCGGAACCACUCAUGUCUUCAGCAGUCCUUGGUGUUACAGACGAAGAAGCAACAAAGCCAAAAACUGGGGGAAAAGAGAACGGCACUCGGACUAUUAACAGUGUUCUAAAGGAGCAAGCAGAUCAUAGCAAAUUGAUUUCUGUGGAUGGAGCACACAAAAGUGACAAAGAUGCAGCAUCAGCAUUAGGAUUAGAAGAAAAGGAAGAGGUCAAAUCACCCUGGGAUUCUGAGAUUCUACUGAAAAAUACCCUCACUUGAAGCCUGCAGUUGGAGUGAAAGAUUCUGUUCCUAAUAAAACAGGAGAAAUGAAGAAUUUACAAACAUUCAAAUCAGGUUCUUCAGACUGGGGUUCUACUAGUUUGAGCCUCAAUAAUAAGGCUGGCCGAAGAGCCGAGCAUUUGAAAGUUGACAAAUGUCCGUUGGUAUCACAAUCAGUGGGCACAAACCAGUCAGCACCCACAGAACUGAGGCAGACAGCCCUGGUAGAUAAAGACCGGAUAAAUAUUGGAGCCGUGUCUCCGUCAGAAAAUGCAGCGCUCCAUGGCCUGUGUGAAUCACAGCUGCCAGAGAACAGAAGCAGCAAAGAAGCAGACCUAGACUUCCAAAGGGCAUCUGAGGAAGAGCAAGAAAGACUUGAUGGGAGUGAAAAUAACCUCUCACAGGUAUGUGAAAAUGAUAAAUGUGUUUCACAAGCACGUACUGUGAAAGAAAAGAAAUCUGAAGAUCAAAUCAAGCACAUUAAUCUUUCACUUGUGCAUCUGCAAAAAAUGCCUAGAGAACCAGAAAUGAAUAAGGAACAUGACAGAAAGGACGUACCUGUAUCUUCAAAACAUUCUUGUGUGGAGAAGCAUGAGGACAUGUGGGUCAAGCAAGGCAAAUUCGACUGGAAAAAUAAUUCAGAGUUUAUCACAAAGAAGUCAAAUCAGAAAAUCAAUAAAAUCCAUGAAAAAAGCAAAAUUAAUUUUCAUCGUAAGGUAGUGCCGCUACAUGACAACUCAGAACUGCAUGGUGACUUAAAGGAACUACCUUCCAAUGUGACAGAUAAUAUAUUUGAUUUUGAGGAAAAGGAUGCACCUGGAGCCUCUGUCUCUGUAGGAUUCCAGGCAGUCUCUGAACACAAAGAGCCUAGUCUUGAAAAUGACUUUCCAUCUUAUUCCAAGUCUGAGUCAAGAAAGUAUGGUUGCCAGUCAUCUUCAAAACUUUACUUGAAUGAAAAUAAGUUGGAUGAAAAUGAUAAGCCAGACACUGAACACAUUUUUAACAAAACUGAGGAGAGUUUUCGUAAUGAUAGAGAAAAGUAAGGAACCGAGUUCCAUUUACAGUGAAAGAAGACCAAGAAUUUGCUACAAAAAGAAAACCAGAAAGCCAAAAUACUCACUGGAAAUCAGACAUUGGACAUGCACCUCAGGUUGAAGUAGAAGAGAACAGGAAAAAAAGUGGUGAACUUAAAGGAUCAGAAACCAUGUGUGAUGGCAGUUAUCAUGAAGAAUUAACUCAGCAGAGGAAGAGGGGGAAAACUGACGACCAGCAGUUUCCUGCUCUGCAGAAAGGAGAUUCUGAUAGUAGCUGUCCUGGCUUGCAUAUGAAGGAAGUAAAGAAGAAUGAAAGUGGAAAACGGACAUUAAAAGCAUCUGUGACUUCACGUGUAUUUGAGGAGACUGCCUCACUGGCUGGUGGUCUCCUACACAUGAGUGACAACAGCCAUUUAAGUGAAGGAGAUCAAGGUUGUGGCAGGUCUUCAAAGAAAAUGUCUACUAAAAAGGACAAGGUCACAGAGCAUGUGAAUUCUGUGGAUGACCUCGAUGACUUAACUCUGGCACCAGAAACAGCCUCUGAGGAUCGCAAGUCUCUUUACCCUAAUUGUAAGAAUACCCUGAGGCUAAUGGAACAACUUGGCCCGGAGAGUAAAGAUUUUGAUAGGUUAUUGAAAAUUCAGGAUCCAGUUCAUUCACUCAGAUCAAUAGAACUGAAAGAAUCUGACUGUGCACUACUUAGAGGAAAAAUUAAAGAAAUGGAAAAUAAGGUGAACUGGCUACAAGCAGAGCUGUUGAAAACAAGAGAAGCAAAAUCACAGUUAAAACUUCAAAAUGUGGAGUGGGAACGACAGCUCUGCAGCAUGAGAUUCACAUUAGAACAAGAAACAAAGAAGAAGAAAAAUGCUCAUGUAUUAUAUGAAAAAACUAAGGAUGACUUAAAAAGAAAAGAGAAACAAUACAAUGAGCAAGUUUACCUGAAACAACAACUUGAAAUCACUGCCCAAGCACUAGAAUGCAAACUGAAGAGCAUAAGGAAUAAACCAAAUCAGGUUUUAGAAGAGUGGAAUGAUGCUCAGAGACAACUUUCUCGAGAGCAGAAUGCCAGAGUAAUACAGGAUGAAAUCCUGGCCCAUCAUCUUUCCCAACAAAAGGAGGCAGAAAAGACUAACAAGAAAAUGAAUGCUGAGGACACAAUGGAUUUUGAGCUGUCUGACCCAGAAGAUAACAGCGAGGUGCUUCCUCAGCAACUUCCUGAAGCUGAAAGUCAAUUCCGUGGCCAAGAAAUUGAGCUCCAUCCCAGGAGAGAUGCUCUUAGACCAACGACGUUGGUAUUAGAAUGUGUGCAUAGAGACCGAGGCCAAGCCCAGCGUUCAAACAAGGAAACUGAAUCCUUGUCUCAGAGCAAACAAGGGAAAGUCAACAAAUACAUUGGAAAGCAGGCGUUCUUGGAGGAGAGAGUAUGUGAACUAGAAAGUGAAAACAUGUUGCUUCGACAGCAACUGGAAGCUGCUCAAAAUGAGGCCAAAAGUAAAAAUACAAUACUUAAUAUCCCAGAGCCGUUUCUGGAUCACAUGGGAAAACUUGAAGCCAUGAGCAGACGAGUUCUGAUGCUGGAGGAAGGAAACAAGGAGUUAAUCGAUGAAUCCAGAUGUUUAAAGGACAGACUGUAUCAGUAUGUAAUGGACAGAGCAGAAAUGGAAGCCUGUAUGAGACAGCUUCAACAAGAGCUGACUGACACCAGAAAGAAAGUGUCCAUGUUGGAAGCAUCCCUGGAGGUGACAGCACAUCAUCACACUAACUCAGAAAAUGAGACACAGGACUCAGAGAGGAAGUCACAUCAAACUGCGAACCCAAAUGCUGAUCUUCCAGCAAAAGUGGAAUCUACAUCUUCAGUACUUCUCCAUCUGAGUGCAGAAACUCAACUUUUUCUAAAGGAGUUAUUUAUGAAAGAAUUGCAAAAGAAAUCUGACACACUGGAGGAGGAGAAAAAGCAGUUGGAAGAAGAAGUAGUGCACCUCAGGCGUCACUUAGAAAUGAACGCAAUGGAACGCAGUCCAGUGGAGCAGUACAAACGGAGACUGAGGAGCGAGCAAGAUGGGAUGUAGUAGAAAAACUGAAAGAACUCAGUCAAGUCAUGCGGUACAAACAGGAGAGUGAAGAGCAAGCAAGACAGGAUAUUGCAGAAAAAUUGGAAGAAAUCAGCCAGGUUUUACAGGCCCAAGCAGCAUCUCAAGAAGAGUUGUUAAGAGAGUAUAAACGUGCUUCAGUAAGUCAAAUGGAACACAGAGUUAAAGAUCUGGAAACUGAACUGAAAAGUAAAACUUUUUAGUUUGAUUGUAGUGAAAAAGAAUUGGAAAAAUAUAGACAACUGUACCUGGAAGAGCUAGAAAAUAAAGUGUCAUUGGCAAGUCAACUAAACUCGACUAAUGAGAGGCUGGCAGCAGUGAGCACUGAACUUCAGCUGGAGAAGCAGCACAAGAGUUCUCUCCUCGGCUCUGUUCCCGCACGGCCUGUUGACGGACUGCCUUCUGAUAUGCGGAAGAAGUUGGAGAAUAAUAUAGAUAGAGAAUUAAAAGAAGCUAUUACUGAACUUGAAUCUAAGUCCUACAGACUCUCUUGUAGGCUCGAUGGACUAGUCAAGUCUAUGUCCAGAUCUGGUUUUGAAAGCACGUGAAGAAUUUGUGAAGAUUUUGAAGAAAAACUAUAUGAUCUGCAAGAUAAAUAGUAAACAUUUACCUGCUGGGCUGUUUGCCUCACAUUUUAGUUAUUUCCCACUAAAUAAGAUACUGACAAUGUUUGUUAAAAGGAAAUAUUCUUGUAUUAUAUAUGCAUGAUUAAAAUUGAUGUAGUAUUUUA